CGGCAAAUCGACCGUCUUCGGGGAUGUCGUAGAUUAGGUCCUCGGGUUCUUUGACUCUUUUAACAUCAUCACCACCCCGACUUCAGAACACGGCUGAGCUUUACAGGUCAACCGGUGAAUCUGCACGAUGAGCUACAAGGCUCCUCCGACGGGCACAUAUGUGCCGACUUUGAGUUUCUGGAAAGACCGAUGGAAUGAGACGCCAGAUCUGGGUACUUUUCGGCGACACCUGGAGAGACUUUCAGACGACGGAGUCAGAGGCGUGACACUGUUCUCAUACUUUGGAGAGGGUCCUUACGUGUCGGCGGUUGAGAGAGGUCAAUUCCUGGAAAUCGCCAGUGAGACCCUGAAGCCCAAAGGCGUGAUUAUACUCGUGGAAUGCUCGAGUGAGAGUCUGCAAGAGACCAGUCAAAAGAUGGCGGAUGCAAAGAAAGGAGGGGCAGAUUACGCGUUCUUAAGUGUACCCAUGGGGUACCUGGACGAGCUAGAUUUGGAGGAUAUCUUUGAAUACUUCGCCGAGGUCAGCGAAUGGUCAGAUCUGCCAUUCGUCGUUCGAGCUCCGUCAGGCGAUGUCAAGAUCAGCUUUUCACCCGAGUUCAUAGAUCGACUGGCGUCCAUCCCGAAUUGCGUAGGGUGCCUCAUGCCAGCAUUCUCUCCGGCGAUUCAAGGAGUCGCGGAGAAGUUUGCAGGAGGAGACGACUUUGCCAUAUUUGUCACUUAUCCUGGGGAUGUUGGCCCGAAGCGACUACGGAUUCGAUUACAGGGAAGCAUAGGGAACAUCACACCCGUCACGCUGGUCAAGUUUUACGAUGAUCCAGAUGGAAGGGUAUUGGAAACGAUAAACGCCAUUUUGACUACCAAAGUGUUGAGAGACAUCGCGACCAAGGUAACUGCGCUAAAGUACGCCAUGACUCGCGUGAGAGGUUAUGGUGGGACCUGCCGACCGCCACUACCCGUGCCGCAUCGAGAACUCACGGCUCGUGUCGACCCGAUCUUGCCGAGUCUGGCAGGCGAUUUCGCACAGAGACGGUGGAUGGCUCUGGAUGGAAUAGAUAUUCACGAUGAGUCUACAGGAUCUGGCCUAAGACGAGCGGGAACGUUCACCCCUCGGGGUUGAGACACAUGUUGCUACUCCGUCCCGUAGAACUCGUCCCUAGCAUGCAUCACCCUCAUCACUGCAAACUGA